CGGAGGUGAUGCUUGACGAAGAUGACGUUUUUCUUUAUGGGGAACCUCAACAAAAGCUCAGUAUUGUGGAAAAUGAGGUACAAAUUGAAAAUAUGGAAGAAGAAAAAGAAGAUUUAAGAGAAAACGAAGAUAUAGCAGCUGUACCAGAAACAGCGCCCUCCGCCGAGCUAGACAAACUUGAGGAGGAUAUUGGUUUUGACGAUGACGAAAGUGAGGAUGACAUUGAAAUAUCACUUGACAAUGAUCCUAUUUCCCAGGAGACCGUUACUGCCGCUCCUGUGAGUAUUACUUUAAAAACAACAGAUGUCAAUAAACUCGUACACGAAACUGUCCCUCGUUCUUCUACUGCCACUGUAAAACUCGACUUAAACACUCCUGGAAUAGUCAAAAGUGGAAAUGAAAUGGUCAACAUUUAUGAUUAUGAUCCCGAAGUUGAUCAAGAUAAGCCGUGGAGGAAACCUGGGGCCGAUAUAACGGAUUACUUUAACUACGGCUUUACCGAGGACACCUGGAAGAUCUAUAGAGAGCGUCAGAGGGAACUUCGGGUGCUGGCGGCCCCUAAAAAAAUUCUUAAUGUCGUUGGAAGUAUGGGGUCUUCAAAACCUCAACAAAACAAAAGCAGCUUCGGUGGCGGAUCUCACCUCAGGCUGGGAGCCGAGCAAGGCAUGGGCGGAUAUCACGACGGUCAGUUUCAGCCAGGUCACGGUGGGCGGCCCGUCUACCCUCAAGAACGAGGCGGUGGCAUGCGGCCAGUACGAGGUGCAUUUUCUAGAGGCGGAGAGGGAUCACGUGGAGGGGGCAUACAUCACUGGCAGACCCAGUUUCAUGACUACGAUGACCCUUCCAGUCACACUGAGCAAAUCCGGCUUCCCAGAGACCACUUGACUAAUUUUGACCGUCGUGAAGAUGCUCACGACUAUUCGCCAAUUCGCUACUCCCGCCACUCCCCUUCACACCGGUUCAACGGCAGGGACUCUAACUACAGUAGUUACCGAGACAGUAACGGAUAUGGUGGGUUCACCAACGAACGGAGGCGGUCGUCCAGGGGUAGAGGGGACAGCUCGCGUGACAGCAAUGGCCCACGCCACGACCUCUUUGAGGAGCGCGACAAAGAGCGAGAAAGAGACGGUAAGGAGUCGGAGAAGGACAGACAGGGCGACCGCGAACGCGCGUCUAACAAAGAUCGAGAACGAGGGAGAGCCAAAAAUCGUGAACGUGAAAGCGAUAAGGGCCGCGGCAAAGCAAGAACUUCUCGCGAGAGAGAGCGGGAGCGGUACAGAAGCUCCAGGCCAGUAGAAGAAGAGAGAAGAAAGAGAAUAACGAGAAGCUAAAGACAAAUGUUCGCUCCUACCCCACAACCUUCCUUUUCGACUACUCUAAGCUUCAAACGUUGCAGAUAAAUGAAGUACUCCCGCUUAUACA